AUGGACGCCCCGCCAGCAGCCUCCCCCGCCAGAAGACGUCCCCCGCCCCCAACACGGGGCAUCCUCAAACCCCCUCCACCACCCGCAAAGCCCUCCCUCGGCAACAGACUGAGGGACAUCGUGUGGGGCGACGCCGAGGGAGAUCCCCGGAGUCAAGACGGUGCUGCAGCGAGUGGGGGUGGCGGGAGGGAGCCGGGGGAAGGACAGAUGAGGGGACUGCCGACCCCCAGAGCGUUGGGCGGACAGGGAGGGACGUUGGCUUCCUUGUCCGGAAGGUUGGCGUUCGGCUUUGGGAGGCUGGUUGCGCCGCAGCCUCCUGCGACUGUGGUUCCUGCCAAACAUGAAGCUGCUCCGUCAGAGUGCUCGGCACUGCAGGGGGAGCAUGGGCCGGGGCCGGGGCAGCAGGGGCAGCAGGGGCAGGUGGUGGCGGUCAAGAAGAAGCAGCCGUUGAAGAAGGCGACGUUCUUGUUGCCGAGCAUGAGCGUUACUUACCCGAUAUCGUCGCAAGGGGAGCCGUGGUCGCUGAAGGUGCUGGAGGACCGUCAGAAGAUCGAGGUAGCCCAGCGACAGUUGUUGGAAGCGAGCACAGGCCCCGAGUACUGGACCCCUCAGCGCCUGGUCACCUUGUACGAGCAAGCAUGUAAAUCAAGAGAAGAGAGACCCAAAAUAGGUGUUGUUCGCGCCCUCGAAGUGAGUGCAUCCCUUGCGACCAUGAGCAAGGCUGACAAAUCGCCCCUCACCCGGCACUCGUCCUUCCCCUUGGCAGACUUGCUGGCCAUCCAGUUCGGCCUGUAUGAGCUGUAUUUGGAAGAGGGCCUUGUGGGAGAGGGUGUAGCGGGGGAGGAUGUGUUGAGAAAUGUGUUGCAUGGGUUGCUUGUCAGUGGAGGAUUGGGGGUGUUGGGGCUGAAGGGGAAUAGGAGGGUGAGGAGUGGGGGGUGGCGUUUAGUUACAGUGUUUCUGAAGAAGGCGAAAGACUUGAAGUAUCUUGACGUCUCCGAAACAGUCUGGGACAGAAAGAGUAUAGAAUACCUCGUCCAAUCUCUCGACGGCUCGAACCCUACCCCUCCUGCACCCACCGCCUCCUCUUCGACUUCCGAAUCAUCCUCCGCCAAUAAUCUAUCAACGACCACCGAAGAGCAAGAGCAAGAAGAACACGACCAGACGAUAUACGCCCCCUUCGUCCCGCCAGCGCCGUUACUCAAGCCGAGUACGAACCCGGAGGAGGAACAAGGGCCGGCGGCGUUGGUCAGUUUGAGGAUGGAUGGGUGUGGCCUGAAGGGAGCUGUUUUGGAAGUGCUCGCGCAAGGCAUAAGGACUUCCCGUCUGCACCAUAUUUCACUUCGCUCGAACCGGAUUUCGCCGCAAGGAGCUGUUGCGGUCGCUUUGAUGAUCAGGGAUUAUCCGGAUAGCGGGGCUGUUACACUUGCGGACCGGCUGGGUAGCAGCUUGACGAGCACGGGCGCAGGCGCGGGUUCGGGUUCGGGUUCGGGUGCGGGAGCGGGGGUGGGGGCGGGGGCGUCUGGACCGCAGGUACCAGCAAAAACCGAAGUACCAUACGCCCCAAGAGUCCGAAAAGCCACCAGACCCAUAUCACCUCAACCUCCUCCCGUCCCUACCACCAAACCCUCAUCCUCUCCUCCCAUCCCCCAACGCCCCGCUCCUACUGUAGCAAAGCCAAAGAAAGAAGACAGCGACAGCCUACCUGCCAUACCCACAGUCUCGUCGACUUCGUCAGGCGGGGUGGUGAGCAAGACGGUGCCGGAGGGGUAUCGAGCGCCAGAGAGGGGCAGUGUGAGGGAUAGGUUGGCUAUGCCGUUUACGGCUGAGCCUUUCGAUCAGAAUUCAUACCCUGCUUCAGAAUCGGCGUUGGGAGAGAAGGAGCCGGCACAUGAGCAGGGUGUGAGGGGGCCGGGGAGGGGCAAGAGUUUGGCGUUGGAAAGGAAUGUGAAGGCUUUGGAAGGGGUGGAGAGGGUUGGGAGAUUGAUGACGCUUGAUUUGAAGGGGAAUGAUAUUCGCACGGGUGUUUCCUAUAUCGCUCAAGUGCUGAAGAGGAACCGGACACUGAAAGUGCUCAACCUUUCGAGCAACAACAUUCCUCCUUCGGGCCUUGUGCUUUUGGCAGAAGCGCUGAAAUACAAUACCACCCUCGAGACUCUCGAUCUGUCCAACAAUCCUUGCUGCUCAACACCCACUUUCGGUACCGCAGGAACAGGCGUGACGGAAGGCAUCGAAGGCGUCCAAGCGCUCCGGAUGGCAUUCACAAUAAACACCUCCCUCAAACGCCUCUUCCUCUCAAACACAAACCUCACCAACGAAGGUGCCAUAGCCCUCGCCGAGUUCCUCCCCGAAUCCAAAUCCCUCCUCCACCUCGACCUCACAGAAAACCCGGGUGUGGGCGAAGCGGGCGUGAUGGCGCUCGCCAAAGGCCUUCGUGGGAAUGAGUUUGUGAGGUGUUUGGAUGUGACUAUCCCGCCCUCGACGGGGGAAGGAUGGCAGGAUGGAGAGAAGAUGGGGAUGUGGUUGCGCAUGAUUCUGGAGAUUUGUAUAAGGAACACUGAACAUGCGGCGCAGCUCGUUUCUGCCGAAUCGUCCUCCUCCACGACUACGGCGGCGGGGACGGGGGCGGGGGAGAAGGAGAAGGAGAAGGAGAAGAAACAUGGAAGGUCGGCGUCGCAUGUGACGAACCAGAUCUGGGCGCCGCUGAAGAAGAGUGCGGUGUUGAAGCGGGGGAGGGAAGAUGAGGAGGAGAGGAAAGAGAGGGAGAGGGAGGAUUUGUUUAAAUCGAUGGAGGGCAAGGUGCGGGCGGAGGUUUAUCAGCUUGUGGCGGAGGAUGUAAGGAAGGAGGUGGUGCAGGUUAUCAAGGGGCUGGAAGACUGGCUUGCCGCUGGUCUGAAAUCCAAAUCGCCGGCUUCACCUGUAUCCCUCCCCUCCACCCCCUAUGCCGAGGUACACGCCCGCGGAAAAGUCCUCGGCGAGCGUUUGGUGGAAGACAUUGAGAGAGGAGAAGAAGAGGGACUGGAAGAGUCGUUGUCUCUCAACGAAACGCUGCGCGGGGUGCUCCAAAAGUGCGAGGGCUUUGUACCGCCUCAGCAGAGAGUACUCUUGCCAUCCGAGAUUGUCCAGCAACAACAGCUCUUGUCGCCCGCACCGACCAAGCACCACCGGCGAAGUUCAUCUCGCAACUCUGCGACUUCUCCUACCCCUCGCCGAAGCUCCGUGCAUGGAAGGGUGGGAAGUUUGGAGAUUUCGAGCCCUAAUUUCUCCCUGGGCGAUUCGGAUGAAGAAGGAGAUAGCGAUGCGGAAGAAGUGGACGUGGGCUCUAUCGAGCGCGGUGCUUCCGGCACAGUACCCACUCUUGGUUCUCUCGCCGCUACAGUCGACGCAGCUGGUGAAUACCCCGAGACGCCCGAGAAGGAUAAGAAGGAAGAGCAGGGGGCAGGUAAGGGACUUGGGCUUGAGAUGAAUGAUGUGCAGAAGGAGAUUGAGAGGGGUUUGAUGGAAGCGCAGGCUGAGCUGUAUUCGCCGUCUUCUUCGCCCACUCGCGCUACGUCGGGCGCCCCCGCCUCCCCCACGACACCGACCAAGCCCGCGCUGGCAUCUCUCGACGUGCCCACCCCGACUGGCGCCACUUUGACCCCGGGAGACCAUAGUCCUGUUGAAAAGGUGUCGAGAGCGAUGGUAGAGGAGGAAGGUGAGAUUUUCAGGAAGGGGGUGAAACUGGGCGUGGUGGAUGAUGAGAGUGAGGAUGAGGAGGAGGCGACGGCGGAGGAGAUGCUGGGGAAGAAGGGCGAGACGAAGAGGCGGGGAAGUACUGGAGUCAGUGGUGAAGAGUUGAGGAAGGAGAUUCUCGAAACCCCCGUCGCAAGGAGUCCAACCAGAAGAGUCAUCCCUCUCGAAGGCGAAGAAGGCGAAGAGCGAGAAGAGCGUGAGGACAGCGCUGGAGAGGAGUAG